UUUUCCCCAAAGCCACCCACACGACCUUCUCCCCAAGCUGAAUUCAACCAAUUCCCCUGCUCCCUUCUGUGACUCGUGGGUUUACCUCGUCUCGAAGGGCUCUUCUGUCGCGAUAUUCCUCCCCUCCUUCUCCUCCUCCUUCUCCUCCUGCUCCUCCCCAUACCGCACAGCCCAACAUCAUGGCUGCCAAUGAUCAGAAUGAUGAUGGCCAUGACACCAGCAACUUACCCGAUCUGGGGGAUGCGAUCGACAUCGUGACCUUUAGCCAGAUCCUCGAGAUGGACGACAGUGAAGACGACCGGGAAUUUAGCAAAUCUAUUGUCUACGGUUUCUUCGAGCAAGCCGAGGAGACCUUCGAGAAAAUGGACACGGCUCUGGAGGCUCGGAAUCUCGAUGAGCUGUACCGACUCGGCCACUUCCUCAAGGGUUCCUCUGCGACCCUCGGGUUAACCAAGGUUAAAGACAGCUGCGAGAAGGUACAACGGUACGGCAAGAAGGAGGACCUCGACGGCACGCCCGUGAAGGAUGAGACCGUCUGCAUUACCCGAAUUACGGAAACGCUCAAGACGCUCAAGGGGGAGUACGCCGACGUAGAAAAGACGCUCAAGAAAUUCUUCAACUCGACUUAACCAUCGACUGCGGGGCUAGACAGGUGGUACUUUGGGUUGCGCUAUGCGGCCGUCUACGCGACUACGACUAUCGGAUGGGCUCAUUUGUGGUUUUUAUUUUUAUUUUCUUCAUGACGCAUCCUUAGCUGGGGAAGGAUGCUUCGAGCACCUCGAAAAACAACGAAGGCGGCUCGAAAUUUUUCAGGGGGGAGGGGAGGGGAAGGGAGG